AUGGACAAAUUAACCACAAUUAGUGCCACAUUAUUUAUGGCCGCAGAUGUCUUUGCCAUUGUUAGUUUGGCCAUGCCCGAUUGGAUUGUGACGGAAGAGGCGGGUGACAUACGUUUGGGUCUCAUGUGGACCUGUAUGACCCUCUACAAUCGGCCACAAGUUUGCUACACACCCGAACUACAACCCGAAUGGCUAAUUGCAUUGGUAUGCAUUUUUAUUGGCUGUAUUUGUAUUACCACAACGGUUAUCCUGCUGGCAUCGAGUACAUGGGAUCGUAAUGUUAUACCCUAUGCCCGUUGGGUAGGAUUUACAGCAAUGGUAUUGUUUUGUCUGGCCGCAGUGGUAUUUCCUCUUGGCUUUCAUAUUGAAGAAAUUGGUGGUCAGGCAUAUCAAUUACCGAAUACUUAUAAGAUUGGUAUAUCUUAUAUCCUGUUUGUGUUGGCCCUGUGGAUCACAGUGGUAUCGGAAUUGUUCGCCGGCAAGGUGUGUUUGCCACAUUUUUAA